AUGCUGGCCUUUGUUGGCGCUGUACUGUCUGUGCCAAUGGUCGGAAGCGCAUUCAUCGCCAAGGGAUUGAAGGGACGAGACCUUUUGAAGCCCAAUGGCCGUACAUCUGGGCCUUGGAUCCCAGAGUGCCUCGGUCUCCCUCUCGCUGCAAUCUAUUUGGGUCUCAUGAUGAUGUUCAUCCCGUUUCCAUUCUCGCACAUGUUCCACACCUCAAGUAGCCUCAGCAUCGGACGCGAGACCUUCCCCCAGGGAGAGCUUACUCUCUACAUGACAUCCCUCCUGUCGCUUCUGACAGCUACCCUUCUAGGGUUUAUCGAUGACCUGUUCGAUAUUCGUUGGAGACACAAACUCCCAAUCCCACUCAUCGCUGCCAUUCCUACCUUGAUGGUGUACUAUUCAGAGGGAGGAUGGACAUGGGUGGUUCUCCCAGCCAGCCUGGGUAAGCUCCUCAGUACUUUGGGGCUUCCCGGAUGGGAGGGCACCAAAUCAGUGGACUUGGGUUUCCUCUACUAUGUCUAUUUGGCGUUACUCCCCACAUUCACCACCAACUCGAUCAACAUUCUCGCUGGCGUCAACGGUGUCGAGACCAUCCAAGCACUUAUCAUCGCACUCUCUGUGGCUUUCAAUGACCUUCUCUUUCUCCCCAUUUGGCCAGACUGGCUCCUUGAAGCCCUUCAUAUUGGAAAUGCCGAGGAGGGACGCAUUCUGUCGUGGGCCGCGGGUGAGGUCGUCAAGCGACAUCUCAUGAGCCUGUACUUCAUGCUCCCUCUCAUUGGCGUCUGCGCAGGCUUUUUGACCCACAACUGGUACCCUGCCAAAGCUUUCCCGGGCGACACUCUGUGCUACUUCACCGGCAUGGCAUUCUCUGCCGUUGCGAUUCAAGGCCACUUUCCAAAGACGAUGAUCUUGUUCUUCCUCCCCCAAAUAUUCAACUUUGUGCUGUCUUGCCCACAACUCUUUGGUCUUGUUGAAUGUCCACGUCACCGUCUCCCACACUUUGACGCCUCCACUGGGCUUUUGCAACCAUCGUUGACCGUCUUCAAGGAGCCCCCUCCCUUCAAGACGAAAAUCGCGCUCGAGGUCAUGGAGGUUUUUGGCCUGACAAGGCUGGAGCGAGGCUCUCCAGACAGCGGAGCCCAAACGAAGACAGAAACAAACGGACGCAAGACUGACGGGUCCUCAACAGCACCGCCAGUUCGCAUUGUUUCGGCAACCAACCUCACCAUUUUGAACCUCAUUCUGGUGCAUCUCGGCCCGCUUCACGAGCAGUCUCUUUGCUUCGUGAUGGCGACAGUACAGCUGUUGAGCAGCAUGUUGGCCUUUACUAUUCGAUAUGGCGUGGGCUCGCUGGUUUAUGGUGGCGACCGCAGAUAA